AUGGAGGUGAUGAAUGAAAAUUCCACAUUGUAUUCUGCUGUGACGAUGAACCUCGAGAGUACUCAUAGUCAGGUCGUUCCGAUCACAUUAUUCGUUGCGCUACUCUGUGUAUGUUUAGUCAUUGGACACUUGCUUGAAGAGUAUCCUUGGUUGAACGAGUCCAUCACUGCUAUCCUCAUCGGGUUUGUUGUUGGAACAAUCAUCUUAUGCACAAGCAAGUGGAAAAGCUCUCGUCUGUUACGAUUCAGUGAAGAAUUAUUCUUUAUCUACUUACUUCCACCUAUAAUCUUCAAUGCUGGCUUUCAGGUGAAGAAGAAACAAUUCUUCCACAACUUUUUCCCUAUCAUGUUGUUUGGAGUCACAGGUGUUCUCAUAUCAACAUCUAUAGUUGCAGCUGGUUGUUGGUGGCUGUUUCCAAAAUUAGGGUUUAAUGGUUUGACUAUCAGCGAGUAUUGGGGGACAAUUUUCUCAUCAACAGAUACUGUAUGCACAUUACAGGUUUUGAGUCAAGAUGAGACACCUUUACUAUAUAGCCUAGUGUUUGGAGAAGGUGUAGUGAAUGAUGCAACAUCUGUUGUUCUUUUCAAUGCUGUUCAAAAAAUCAAUGCAGAUACACUUAAUAGCCACACAGCUCUUGGAAUCUUUCUAGAUUUCUUAUAUCUAUUCACCACAAGCACACUUCUUGGAGUUUCAGCUGGGCUUGUGACAGCAUACAUUCUUAGAGGCUUGUAUGUUGGCAGGCAUUCAAGUGUCAGAGAAAUUGCUUUGAUGGUUCUUGUAGCAUAUUUGUCCUACAUGUUGGCAGAGCUAUUUGAACUCAGUGGAAUUCUAACAGUCUUCUUUGCUGGGGUUUUGAUGUCUCACUAUUCAUGGCAUAAUGUGACUGAAAGCUCAAGAAUCACCACCAGGUAUGCAUUUGCAACAUUGUCUUUCAUUGCUGAAACAUUUAUCUUCCUUUAUGUGGGAAUGGAUGCUCUCGACUAUGAGAAGUGGAAAAUGAGCAUGUUAAGUAUUUGGACAAAAAUGGGAAUUUACAGCACUGUGAUGAUGUUAAUAUUGGUUGGGCGUGUUGCUUUUGUGUUUCCCCUUUCUAUUAUUUCCAAUUACAUGCACAGAAGUGGAGGUGACUCAUCAAAAAUCUCAACAAAACACCAGAUGGUAAUUUGGUGGGCUGGUUUAAUGAGGGGUGCUGUUUCUGUUGCCUUAGCAUUCAAACAAUUUACUCACUCGGGUGUGACACUGGACCCCACGAAUGCCACAAUGAUCACCACAACUAUUGUCAUCGUGCUCUUCAGUACCAUUGUGUUUGGUUUUUUAACAAAACCACUAGUGGAUCAUCUACUUCCUUCUACUAGUAGUAAUAAUUCAAAUACAACAAGGGGUGAUCCGGGAUCUCCAAAAGAGGACAUGACACUUCCAUUGUUGUCUGUAGAAGAAUCGGCUUCUGAAAAUCUUUCAAGAGCAAAAGACAAUUUGUCCAUGUUAAUGGAUAGACCCGUUUACACGAUCCAUUCCUAUUGGAGAAGAUUCGACACUGCUUACAUGAGACCUAUUUUUGGGGGCCCAUGUAGUGAUGAAAAUCACUCUUCAUGCUAG